AUGAAGACCGGUGGAGGAAGCAUCGCCGUGAUCGCCAUGACGGCAAUCAUCAACACAAUGACGGCAACCGCACAGAACUUGUCGUACGGCGCAGAUAACUGGUACCGCAGCGACAUCGUGACAGUCCAGCCAAUCACCUUCCAGACCCAGAACAACCUGACCGUGGCGGGCAACCUCUUCACCCUGACCAACCUCAGCCGCAGCGCCAACAACACGCCAGCCAUCGUGGUCGGCCACCCCAUGGGCGCGACAAAGGAGCAGAGCGCGAACCUCUACGCGACCAAGCUGGCCGAGCAGGGCUUCGUCACUGUGUCGCUGGACCUGCCGCACUGGGGCGGCAGUCAAGGCGAGCCGCGCAACGGCGUAGCGCCCGACGAGUACGCAGAGGCCUUCAGCGCGGCGGUUGACCACCUAGGCACUCAGGUAGGGUCAGUCGACCGCGAGCGCAUCGGCGCCCUGGGCAUCUGCGGCAGCGGCAGCUUCGUAAUCAGCGCGGCCAAGAUCGACGCGCGCAUCAAGGCCAUCGCCACGUCGAGCAUGUACGACAUGGGCGCCGCGAACCGCAACGGGCUACGCCACUCACAGACCGUUGAGCAGCGCAAGGAGGUCGUCGCCCAGGCGUCCCGCUCCCGCUGGUCUGAGACAGAGGGUGGCGAGAUCGAGGUGUCUGGGGGGACGCCGAUCGUUCUUACUAGUAAUUCGACCGCGGUCGAUGCCGAGUUCUUCGAUUUCUACCGCACCAGCCGCGGCGAGUUCACGCCCGAGGGCACGACGCCGAACCGUACGACGAAACCGACGGUGACUAGCCAUGUAAAGUUCCUCAAUUUCUACCCCUUUAACGACAUCGACACCAUCUCGCCGCGCCCGCUGCUUUUCGUCUCGGGCGACCAGGCACACUCGCGAGAGUUUAGCGAGGACGCAUACGCGAAUGCGGCCGAGCCCAAGGAGCUGUUCUGGGUUCCUGGUGCUGGUCACGUCGACCUCUAUGACCGUGUGGAGCUCAUUCCUUUCGACAAGUUCACCGACUUUUUCAGGGAGAAUCUUUAA